CAGUUCCUGUUUGCAUUUUGUCUGCUCUGUCGUUCGUAGAGAAGCUGCUGAACGGAAAAUGGCGGACGGUGUGGAUCACAUCGACAUUUACGCCGACGUCGAGGAGGAGUUCAACCAGGAAGCAGACUACCCUGUUCACGACCAGAUAGACCUGUACGAUGACGUCAUCUCGCCAUCAGCCAAUAACGGGGAUGCACCUGAGGACCGGGACUACCUGGACAACCUCCCUGCCCCGGGGGGGUCAGAGGGCAGCAAAAGUGCCCCGCCCAACGUAGUCUAUACCUACACUGGCAAGAGGAUCGCCCUCUACAUUGGAAACCUCACAUGGUGGACGACAGAUGAAGAUUUGACAGACGCCAUCCGAUCAAUAGGCAUCAAUGACGUGCUGGAGAUAAAGUUCUUUGAGAACCGGGCCAACGGACAGAGUAAAGGGUUCGCUCUGGUGUGUGUGGGUUCAGAGGCUUCGUCCAGGAAGCUGAUGGACCUCCUCUCAAAGAGGGAGCUGCACGGACAGAACCCCAUUGUCACGCCGUGCAACAAACAGUCCCUCAGCCAGUUCGAGAUGCAGUCCAGGAAAAGUACACAGUCGGGUCAGAUGUCCGGUGAGGGCAAGGCCGGGCCUCCAGGCAUCGGUCCGCGUGGAGGGUUCCCCAUGGGCAGGGGCAGAGGCAGGUUCCCUGGUCCACCAGGCCCAGGGGGAGAUCGCUUUCCUGGACCCAUCGGCCCCGGAGGUCCCCCGCCACACUUCCCUGGGUCAGGGAUGAGGCCACCAGAGCUCAUAGCCCAUAGACACCAGGAUGGCCAUCUGAUGGAUAUGAAUUUCAAUUGCUUCCCGCCGGGGCGAGAUGGCAACUGGCGACCCAGAGGUGGUAUGCAGGGACCUCCUCGGCCCCCACCCGGACCGCCAGGUCCCCCUGGCCCCCCCGGCCCCCCUCCCCCAGGACAGGGCCUCCCACCUCCCAUGUCUGGUCCCCCCAACCGUGGCGACCGGCCCCCUCCCCCAGUCAUGUUCCCCGGUCAGUUUGGUCAGCCUCCCAUGGGCCCCCUCCCCCCAGGCCCCCCACCACCAGGCUAUGGACCCCCUCCAGGGCCACCUCCUCCACAACAGGGCCCCCCACCUCCAGGACCCUUCCCACCUCGCCCUCCAGGACCCAUCGGGCCCCCCCUUGCGCUAGCCCCACCUCCACACAUGGCCGGGCCCCCCCCAGGCGGUCCCCCACCAGCCCCCCACGUGAAUCCAGCCUUCUUCCCACCUCCUGGGAACAACAACAUGCCCCCCUCAGACAGCCGCGGCCCCCCAGGACCCAACGACCCCUACGGACGCCCGCCGCCAUAUGACCGAGAUUACGGCCCCGGUGGCAGAAACCGCCACCCCCCUCUAAUCUGUGAGUUUGACCCCAGACCGCCUCGCGACCCCUGGACUAAUGAGGGGCUGGUCGAUAUGAAACAUGGCGGACAGAGCUUGUCUAGUGCGAGCGACCCAGGGGAGAUGGACGCAGCACGGACGCCGUUGAGCGAAGCAGAGUUUGAGGAAAUCAUGAACAGGAACCGCGCCAUCUCCAGCAGCGCCAUCUCACGAGCCGUGUCAGACGCCAGCGCAGCUGACUAUGGCAGCGCCAUCGAGACCUUGGUGACAGCCAUCUCUCUGAUCAAACAGUCCAAGGUGUCGGCUGACGACCGCUGCAAAGUCCUCAUAAGCUCUCUUCAGGACUGUCUCCAUGGCAUUGAGUCCAAGUCCUACGGCUCAGCCUCCAGAGGUCCCAAAUCAAACCCUAUCUCCUGUUUGGACAGACGAGAGCGGUCUAGGGAACGCGAUCACAGCCGUUCUCGCGAGAAGAGCCGCCGCCACAAGUCCCGUAGCCGCGAUCGGCACGAGGAUUACUACCGGGAACGCAGCCGGGAGCGAGACAGGCACCGGGAGAGGGACCGGGACCGCGAGAGAGACCGUGAGAGGGAGAGGGAAUACAGACACCGUUAACGGGAUAGGGGAGUUAACGGACGAGGAUCAGGAGGACAGACAGCCAACGCUCCACCUACUGGCUGCUUCUGGAACUACACCCCCUCAACCACCACCUACCUGCGCCCCUGCUCUGCUCUCUCUCUCUCUCUGCUUUUCUGGCUGAGGACUGGGAUCCCUUCACAACUGUGUAAGAAAACAGUAUAGUUCUGUCAAUCUGUACUCAUGGUAAAACCUGAAAAAAAAGAAAGUGACUGCUCUUUUGAUCUUUUUAUUUUUACAACCAUUUUAUUUGAUAUGACAGUAUAACUGUGUGUGAAGAGGUAAGCUUUGUGAACUGAGGGUAAAAUGUAAAGAAUAAAAUGCCUGCUCUAUCCAAAACACAUUGAUAAACAUAGACUUUACUUUUUUGACUUGCUAUAAUGUGUAAAUUGUCAGUUUAGUCGUUGUUUUUAUAGAGAUUUCACUUUUUUGUUUUCUUCUCAGUGUCCCAUUAGGAUAAUGUUUGUAAAUGUCUCUGCUUUUGAUGAUUAAAACUAGAAUCUGUGUUGUAAUAAACUGUUUGUUGGGGUUGACACUU